AUGCAUUUUCUCACGUCCCAUUUCGGCGUGGCGGUUCUGGGGCUGCUCGCCAUCGCCGCGCCCGUGGUCCUGCCUUCACAAAACGGCCUGACAUCACAAACUCCUAAAAGCUACUCCGAUAUCCCAGACGGCGAGAAUAUUGCGGCUCGUCAGGAUGGUACCCGAGGUGUCGCCGACGACGGUCCCGUCGAUCCCCCUGAGGAUGACGACACCGACACCGACGACGACGACGACGAGGACCUCAUCCCCGGUGACCUCCUCGAGGGCGACAGCGACUCAGGCGGCGAGAGCGCCGUCGGCAACGACGCCGUCUCUGUGGCCAACGGCUUCCUCGGCGGCGGCGGCGUCGGCAGCGCCGCGCUCAACAACCGCACGUCCGGCUCCACGGCCGUCUUCUGCAGCCUCUUCUCGUGCGCGGCCGCCGCACAGUCGGACGGCCGCGUCAGCACCAGCACGUCCGGCGCCAACAUCCGUGUCAGUGGCGGACGCGGUCCGCUGGUCAGCGUUAAGGGACCACUUGUCGUCAUCAACGCGUCGCGCACGUCGUCAGUCAGCAAGACACCGAGCUGA